AUGCCGCGGGGCCGUCCCCCGAAGCCCCGGGACGGUGCGGCGCGUGGCGACUCCGAUGGCCUUUUGGCAUUGAAUGAGGAGAACCUUGACGAUGACUGUCCAGUCCCCAGCUUCCACAAAUGUGAAAUUUGUCUGCUGUCUUUUCCAAAAGAAUCUCAGUUUCAGCGCCACAUGAGGGAGCAUGAGCAAAAUGACAAGCCACACCGAUGUGAUCAGUGCCCCCAGACAUUUAACGUUGAGUUCAAUCUGACGCUUCAUAAAUGUACCCACAAUGCAGAAGACCCCGUGUGUCCUGUGUGCAACAAGAAGUUCUCUCGAGUGGCCAGUCUCAAAGCGCAUAUUAUGCUCCAUGAGAAAGAAGAGAACCUCAUCUGCUCUGAGUGUGGGGAUGAGUUCACGUUGCAGAGCCAGCUGGCCAUUCACAUGGAGGAGCACCGGCAGGAGCUGGCCGGCACCCGGGUCCACACCUGCAAGGCCUGUAAGAAGGAGUUUGAGAGCACGCCAGAGCUGAAGGAGCACAUGAAGACUCACUGUAAAGUUAGGACAUCAGGUACAAGAUCUUAUAAUCGGAAUAUUGACAGAAGUGGCUUCACAUAUUCAUGUCCACACUGUGGGAAGACAUUUCAGAAGCCCAGCCAGUUAACCCGACAUAUAAGGAUACACACAGGAGAAAGGCCAUUCAAGUGUAGUGAAUGUGGAAAGGCUUUUAACCAGAAGGGGGCGCUGCAGACCCACAUGAUCAAGCACACGGGUGAAAAGCCCCACGCCUGUUCCUUCUGUCCUGCUGCCUUUUCUCAGAAGGGGAACCUUCAGUCCCAUGUUCAGAGAGUCCACUCGGAGGUCAAGAAUGGGCCUACCUAUAACUGUACUGAAUGUAGCUGUGUAUUUAAAAGUUUAGGCAGCUUAAACACUCAUAUCAGCAAGAUGCAUAUGGGCGGGCCCCCGAAUUCCACCGCUACAGAGACUGCGCACAUUAUAACAGCCACACUCUUUCAGACGCUGCCUCUGCAACAGGCCGAAGUCCAGGUCUCAGCAGCCUCCAGUCAGCAGAAUUCUCAGGCAGUGACUGACGUCAUCCAGCAGCUUCUGGAGCUGUCCGAGCCAGGUCCUGUGGAGACACAGCAGUCCCCGCAGUCUGGGCGACAACUGAGCAUGACUGUGGGCAUCAGCCAGGACAUCCUCCAGCAAGCCUUAGAAAACAGUGGGCUGUCUUCACUUCCAGUUGCAGCACCUCCCAGUGACUCUACAGUGCCACCUCGGAGUCCACAAGCCUCUGGUGUCUCUGUUGAGCAAGCUGACCCCACAGACCCAGGCCAGGACAAGGGGCAGGAAAGCCCCGAGAAGACAGAUAGGAAAGAGAAAAAAGUGGUGAAGAAGAAGUCACCGUUCCUACCAGGCUCUAUUCGGGAGGAGAAUGGGGUGCGGUGGCAUGUGUGUCCCUAUUGCACCAAGGAGUUUCGGAAGCCCAGUGAUCUUGUGCGCCAUAUCCGUAUCCACACCCAUGAGAAGCCCUUCAAGUGUCCACAGUGUUUCCGGGCCUUUGCUGUGAAGAGCACACUGACUGCUCACAUCAAAACCCAUACCGGCAUCAAGGCCUUCAAGUGCCAGUACUGCAUGAAGAGCUUUUCCACCUCAGGGAGCCUCAAGGUGCACAUACGCCUGCACACAGGAGUUAGACCUUUUGCUUGUCCUCACUGUGAUAAAAAAUUCCGAACCUCAGGCCAUAGGAAGACUCAUAUAGCUUCCCACUUCAAACACACGGAAUUGAGGAAGAUGAGGCACCAGCGCAAACCUGCGAAGGUUCGGGUCGGCAAGUCAAAUGUUCCCGUUCCCGACAUUCCUUUGCAAGAACCAAUUCUUAUAACAGACUUGGGUCUUAUCCAGCCCAUUCCAAAAAACCAGUUUUUCCAAAGUUAUUUUAACAAUAACUUUGUCAAUGAAGCAGAUAGACCAUACAAGUGUUUUUACUGCCAUCGAGCAUAUAAAAAAUCCUGCCAUCUCAAACAACAUAUCAGGUCACAUACAGGCGAAAAGCCUUUCAAAUGCUCUCAGUGUGGAAGAGGCUUUGUCUCUGCAGGAGUGCUCAAAGCCCACGUCCGCACACACACCGGGCUGAAGUCCUUCAAGUGUCUGAUUUGUAAUGGCGCCUUCACCACUGGUGGCAGCUUACGGCGACAUAUGGGUAUACACAAUGACCUUCGUCCCUACAUGUGUCCCUAUUGCCAGAAAACAUUUAAGACCUCACUGAAUUGCAAAAAACAUAUGAAAACCCAUAGGUACGAGCUGGCCCAGCAGCUCCAGCAGCACCAGCAGGCCACCUCAAUGGACGACGGCACCGUGGAUCAGCAGGGCAUGCAGGUGUCGGCUCCCUUGCCGGUGGAGAUGGAGGGGGCAGAGCUGCAACAGAGCGCGGAUGGCGUCACCGCAGACCCUGAAGCCAUGCUGGAGCUAGGACCACAGCACGUGGUGGGCACUGAAGAUGAGGCCCUUGGGCAGCAGCUGACGGAUCAACCUUUAGAAGCCGAUGAAGAUGGGUUUGCAGCCCCUCAGGACCCUCUCCCAGGGCCCAUGGACCAAUUUGAAGAGCAGACUACUUCACAGCAGUCCUUUGAGUCGGCAGGAUUAUCACAAGGUUUUACAGUGACUGACACAUACAAUCAACAGACUCAGUUUACACCUGUGCAACAGCUGCAGGAUUCCAGCACUCUUGAGUCUCAGGCCCUGUCCACGAGUUUCCACCAGCAGAACUUACUGCAGGACCCAAGCUCUGACACCAUGAACGUGGCAACUCGCUUGCUUCCAGAGUCAUCCCAAGAGGAGCUGGACCUGCAGACACAGCGCCCACCAUUCCUGGAGGACAGUGAGGACCAGAGCAGGCGCUCUUACAGGUGUGACUACUGCAGCAAAGGCUUCAAGAAGUCCAGCCACUUAAAGCAGCAUGUGCGGUCCCACACAGGGGAGAAGCCCUAUAAGUGCAAGCUCUGUGCGCGUGGUUUCGUCUCCUCUGGUGUCCUCAAGUCCCAUGAGAAGACACACACAGGAGUGAAGGCAUUCAGCUGCGGCAUCUGCAAUGCCUCCUUCACCACCAACGGCAGCCUCACGCGGCACAUGGCCACACACAUGAGCAUGAAGCCGUACAAAUGUCCGUUCUGUGAAGAGGGCUUCCGCACUGCCGUUCACUGUAAAAAGCACAUGAAGAGACACCAGACGGUCCCCUCUGCUACCUCAGCACCAGCAGAGACAGAGGGAGGAGACACGUGUGUUGAGGAAGAGGAAGAAAACUCUGACAGAAGUGCAUCGAGGAAGCCUCGUCCUGAGGUCAUUACUUUCACAGAGGAGGAAACAGCCCAGCUGGCCAAGAUUCAGCCCCAGGAGAGUGCUACAGUGUCUGAGAAGGUCCUGGUGCAGUCGGCUGCAGAAAAGGACCGCAUCAGCGAGAUGAAGGAUAAGCAGGCAGAGCUGGAGGCUGAGCCCAAGCAUGCCAACUGCUGCACAUACUGCCCCAAGAGCUUCAAGAAGCCCAGUGACCUGGUGAGGCAUGUUCGAAUCCAUACUGGAGAAAAGCCAUAUAAGUGUGACGAAUGUGGGAAAAGCUUUACUGUGAAAUCAACUCUUGAUUGCCAUGUGAAGACCCACACAGGCCAGAAGCUGUUCAGCUGCCAUGUGUGCAGCAAUGCUUUCUCCACAAAGGGCAGCCUGAAGGUCCACAUGCGCCUGCACACGGGGGCGAAGCCCUUCAAGUGCCCACACUGCGAGCUGCGCUUCCGCACGUCUGGGCGGAGGAAGACUCAUAUGCAGUUCCAUUACAAACCGGAUCCCAAGAAAGCCAGAAAGCCCGUGACACGAAGCUCGUCAGAAGCCCUCCAGCCUGUGAGCCUCCUCAGCCCCUCCCCCACCGACCCCAGUGUGCUCAUCAUGAACAACUCUGUUCUGACGGGGCAGCUGGACCAAAGCUUGCUUCAACAAGGGCUGGUGGGCCAAGCUAUCCUGCCCGCCUCAGUGUCAGCUGGUGGCGACUUGACGGUGUCUUUGACAGAUGGGAGCUUGGCCACCCUGGAAGGUAUCCAGUUACAACUUGCUGCUAAUUUGGUUGGACCAAAUGUUCAGAUAUCUGGAAUUGAUGCCUCCAGCAUUAAUAAUAUCACCUUACAGAUUGAUCCAAGCAUUUUGCAGCAAACACUGCAGCAGGGCAACCUGCUCACUCAGCCACUCGCCGGGGAGCCUGGCACAGCCUCACAGAGCAGCUCUCUGCAGACGCCGGACAGCACCGUCCCAGCCAGUGUAGUCAUUCAGCCCAUCUCAGGCCUGUCCUUACAGCCCACGGUGACCUCUGCUAAUUUGACCAUUGGCCCGCUGUCUGAACAGGAGUCUGUGCUGACCACCAGCAGCAGUGCAGGGGCGCAAGACCUCACUCAAGUGAUGACUUCACCAGGCCUUGUGUCCACCUCCACGGGCCCCCACGAGAUCACCCUGACCAUCAACAACUCGAGUCUCAGCCAGGUUCUGGCUCAGGCUGCUGGCCCCACCGCCACAUCGUCCUCGGGGUCUCCACAGGAGAUCACUCUGACAAUCUCUGAACUCAAUCCUACAAGUGGGAGUCUUCCUUCAACAACACCAAUGUCACCAUCAGCCAUCUCAACCCAGAACCUGGUCAUGUCUUCAUCAGGUGUGGGAGGGGACGCCAGUGUCACACUGACCCUGGCUGAUACUCAGGGCAUGCUGUCUGGAGGCCUGGACACCGUUACCUUGAACAUCACUUCUCAGGGCCAGCAGUUCCCUGCCUUGCUCACGGAUCCCUCUCUCUCAGGCCAAGGUGGAACAGGUUCACCGCAAGUCAUACUAGUGAGCCACACUCCGCAGUCCUCAUCCGCUGCUGGUGAAGAAAUCACUUACCAGGUGACCGAUGUCUCUGCCCAGCUGACGCCUAGCAGCCAGCCCGAGAAGGAGGGCCCUGCUCACCAGUGCCUAGACUGCGACCGUGCGUUCUCGUCAGCCGCCGUGCUCAUGCAUCACAGCAAGGAGGUGCACGGCAAGGAGCGCAUCCAUGGCUGCCGAGUCUGCAGGAAGGCCUUCAAGCGUGCCACACACCUCAAGGAGCACAUGCUGACACACCAGGCGGGCCCCUCACUCAGCUCUCAGAAGCCCAGAGUCUUCAAAUGUGACACUUGUGAAAAGGCAUUUGCGAAACCAAGCCAGCUGGAGCGACAUAGCCGUAUCCACACAGGGGAGCGGCCGUUCCGCUGCACGCUGUGCGAGAAGGCCUUCAACCAGAAGAGCGCGCUGCAGGUGCACGUGAAGAAGCACACGGGCGAGCGGCCCCACCGCUGCGCCCACUGCGCCAUGGGCUUCACGCAGAAGAGCAACAUGAAGCUGCACAUGAAGCGCGCGCACAGCUGCGGGGGAACCUUUCAGGGGGCCACCGUGGUCCAGGAGCAGGACGGGGAGGAGCUGAGGACCCUCCACCUGGAGGAGGUGGUGCAGGAGGCGGCGGGCGAGUGGCAGACCCUUACCAACGUGUUCUGAAGCCACGCGGGGCCUAAGAGUGUUCCUGAAGUUUCAUUUGUGACGAGCAAAGCUCUCAGAGUUUGUUUUAAAACGUCAAGUGUUAAAAAUCUACCACAGUAGUUUUUUAGCUAUAAAAUUAUCUAAAGAAUCAUUGUCUUUCAGAGAGACUUACAGGGGAAAACUGGGGAAAGUGUCAGUGCGCUGGGCUCAUUGUCUGCAGAUCACUGAGCUGCGGCACUCCCACGGCCAGUGCAUGUCGUUCACAGAUGAACUGGAUUUUAAAAUAUCAUUGCGGUGUGAUUUUUGUGUUAGCAAAGACAAGUUAACAUGGACAAACACAGUAUGAUAGGUACGUGAAAUUCAGACAGAAACCGUGCCAUCACACACAGGGAUGUUUUCCACUUUUUACUCUUUAUUUUGAAAGUUAGUAGCCAUCAAUUCUUUUUUAGCCCACUCUUAAGUUAAUAUAAUGAUUGCCUUGAGAAAUGGCUGGACCAGUUCUCUCUCCACCAGACACCUAAUCCCUAGUUAAAAGAAUGCAGGAUCUGGCGCCAGCAGGGGAUGGAAGAACUCUGACUCACAGUCGAGGACUGCUGUCCACCUGACAUCCAUACGCUUGCUGCGUGCGUCUGUCCCCACACUGCAGAAGCACAAGCCAUACCCUGCGAGCAUGAAGUGACCGAGUUGUCUCCUAAGGGACAAGUCAUUGUUUCUGUCCACCUCAGUGAGCUCACUUAUAGUUUAAGAAUAAGGUCCCACAAAAACCCUGUAACUCUCUUUUCAUGCGUAAGGAGUGUGUUUUUAUUUCAGGGAAUUCCUUAGUGUCAUCAGUGGUGCCACAUGAGACAUGUCCCAAACCAAAUCCCUCCCUCGCUGGGCACUGCGUGCUCCGCAGCAUUCCAAAGACAGAAGUUCUUUCUCCACCUCAUGUUGAUUCCCUCACCACUAUUUAUAUGUCCUUUGUGAAUAUGUGUGUAUAUAGACAGAUCUACGGGCCUCCGUGUGGCCGAGAAGUAUAUUUUGUAAAUAGCAAUAGAACUCAUCACGAGCUGCAGCCCAGGUCACUGCGGGUGCGCUUCAGACCGCGUCAUGUUCAUUUUGUUAAAUAAAUGGAUAUCUUUUUCAUUGUAACAUAAAGCUGGGCUCUAUUUUUUUCUGAAAAAAAUAAUUGCCUUUAUUUUCUCUCAUUGCCUCCUUGGUUUCCGAAGAGAGCAGUUUUAUUAUAUAUUAUGUGACUUGCUUCUGAGCAAGAGACAUUUCACUGUCAUCUUGAAGGGCAUCUGUUGAUUUUGUCUGUUCACUUUUGUCAUCUGUAUAUAAGUAAUAUUGACAGUGACAUGAAAACUUUUGUUAUGUGAAGAUAUUUAAGUCAGAAAACUUAAAUAAUAUUACCUUUUUUCCAAACUGCUUUGUGUAUUGUAUAUUUUUUUAAGAAAAGAAAAGCCUUACUUGACUGACUUCUUGUGGUACUGGACCUAUGAACCCGAGGCUCCUGAAUGUCAGUGUGUAUACCUGGCUGUGCUAGUGUUUUCACAAUAAUUGUAAUUGUGCCAGAGCCUUACGGGCUCUGCUUUUAAUGCACUUUUUCUUUUAUAAUUUUGUAUUAAAAUAUUUUAGAAAUGUUAACUUAGUGAACAAAUAUCCCCAAAGUUAAAAUUAUUGGAAUUUAAAAUUUUUGUUCUUGUUGGGUUAUUUAUUUUGCUUUUAUUUAGCAUUAAAUAUCAUCUCAGGACAUCUGUGAAGAGGUUGGCUCCUUCUGAUUGUGCAGUGACAAUGUGCUAUGAUGUGGGUCACUUGCUGUGUAAGUAAGACCUUGGGAGAUGAAUCUGAGGCCUGCUUUUAUUUUUGUUAAAGAAAAAAAAAUCUGCCAGUAAUCUGUUUUGUGUCUUUUCUCAAUUUAUUACCAAGCAAACAUGGCAUUUACGUACUCUUUGAUUUACUCCCCUACUCUAAAAAGCUGCUGCUUUGCAAAACAUUCCUUGAAAAAUACAAGGUUUUGAAGACAUAAUUCACUUGAAUCUCUGUGGUUUACAGGUUUAUCUUUGUAUUUUACUGUUUAAUUGAAAAUUUGUUUCAGGAAAGAGAUUUCUAGCCUCAUGGAUAACCAGGGUUUUGAGGAUAGAGAACUGUAUUUUUAGAACUGUCCAUAGAUUAUCUGCUUUGAAAAGCUCAGUAUAAAAUAGUGUGAGGAAAUGAUUGGUAAAACAUGUCUCUGGUAGAGCAGGUUGGUGGGGGUGUAAUUUCAGUUCAGGUAUUUUUGCAGAAGGAGAGCUGUGUUUCCUUCCCCCGGGUGAAAUCAGGACAGUGCGUGUCCUUGCAGUGUGUCCCCACGGAGCUUCGCAUGGACGUGGGGAAUGUGGCUCGUGACGGCGACUCCUGCGAGGGCCAUGCGCUCCUCUGCAGCCACUGUGUACCUUGUGAAAGCUCCCAGUGCAGGAACUGCCAAGCCAUCCCUAAAGGCACAAGUCACCUCCCAAGAUGCCAGUCAUGAGACGGGUGCUGCUGAGGAGGCCAGGGUAGCUGGAGAAACAUCCAGAAGGCCAGUAGAUUGAGAGAGAAACGUGCUGUGAACUUGGAAGCUUCCCACACACAGCAGCUCUGCUUGAGCACUGGGGACCCUGGAUAGUGGUAAGAAGAGCCCCUAGGGGAGCGGGCUUGCCUAUAGGUGGUCCAGAAUCCCCUCCACAUGCUGCCAGCUGUACUAGUGAGGUCUCCAUUCAUUCAUUCCUGUGCCCUCUGCUGUCUUUAAUGAAAUCUGAGUUUUGAAAUGGCAGCCUGGGUUCUGUACCUUGCUCGGAACUCUCCCACACACUCAAGCGUGAGAUGAGUGCAUCCCUACAGAACGGACCUCAGAAGUUGGCCUGGCUGCUUCCAGUGGACCGCACAGUUUGGAGAAGGGUAUUCAUCAAGACUCGCAUUUCACGCUAAAUGACCAUCACACAGAAUUAUGAAAGUAGCAUUUUGUGAGAUCCACAGAACUGCCUUCCGGUCUGCAUGUCUAGGAGUAUGACUCCUCCUUUUUUCUCCCAAGCUUAUUUCUAAGUCCACACUGUGCCCUCUCUCCAUCAAGAGUGAAUCUAGGGCCCAGUCCUGGCUGAUCUUGAGUCUCCUGCAUGCUGAGGUUGGCGGCAGCGAGAGGCGACCACACUUAAGUUCGCAGGCUCCCUUUGUGCUCCGUCUAUAUUCAUGGGCUGUAGGUGCCUUGAGUUUUUAGAAUAGUCUUGAGCCAGGUGUGAUGAUGCAUGUCUGCAAUCCCAGCACCUGGAGCCAGAGGCAGGAGGGUCUGGAGUUCUUCAAGGUCAUCUUCCAUUACAUAGCGAGUUUGAGGCUGGUUUGGGAUAUGUGAGACCCCGUGUCCAAAAUAAGUAUUUCAAAAGAGCCUACUCACAUAGCUCAAUUUAGUGUCGCUUAACAAAACCUAUUUUGAUGUCUGGUUGGAUCUGGACUCAAGAACGGGAGCAGCAGGUACCAGCAUGCCCGUAGCCAAGGCCAGGGGGACACUGUUCUCUGAGAGGUACAGAUGGCAGGAGUUGUAUCUGGUCACUGCUUGUCUUUUGUGAAUUACUCCCUUCUCAGACAUGCUUGUGUGCGGGUGGGUGCACACACACACACUCCUAGACUCCAUUUCACCCUCCACCCACUUGGAGGCGUGGUGGGUUUGGGUAUAGCUGCCUGGUGACUAAGGCACUAAGGAGUAAAGAUGUGUUCCGACUGUCAGGAGCAGUAGGUGGUAAUCAUAAAGAUUUUGCUAUUUAAUCUUUUUCUAAAUGUCAUACUUUACAGCAUGAAGACUUUUGUAUUAAAUCAAGAUUUGUAUUAUAUUUGACAAGUUCUGAAAUGCCAUAGUGAUUGUUCUCAAGUCACCACUUAAGAAAAUUUAAAGUUAAUUUUUUAAUUUACAGAGUUCUCUUUUUAAUCUUCAAAAUUGUCUC